AUGGCUAAACCUAGAGGGAAGAAAAAUACUUUGUCCAGCUCUCUGGAAAAUAAGGUGUCAGAUCUUAUAUAUAGACUUCUAGAAGAAAAAAGUCUUGAAAAAAAGAGAGAACUACAGAGGGCAGCAAAAGAAAACGAAGAAGGCAACGAUGAUCUUGAAUUAAAUGAAGAUAAUCUAGAAAAUAAAGAUGCCUUCGAAACUAUAUUUUUUGCUAAAGAUUUAGUUCCAAAUGAGAUUUUUACAUUUUGUCAAUCCAAAGAUUUAUCAAUGCUAAGAGUGAAAAAAAUUCUUCUUCAGAAGACAAUUGAAAAGAGCUUAACUCAAAUUAUUGAAGAAGAAGAGGCUGAAUUUAAUUCAUAUCCUGGCUAUAAUAAUACUGAAGAUAUACCAUUAGAAAAUGAAAACCAUUUGACAGAAAAAAAUUUAAUGUUAAAUAAUGAUACAAAUGAAAUGAACAAAACCAUUACCGGCACCUGGUCUGUUAAAAAAGAGGAUACUGCUGCUCCAAGUUCUAGAGAGACUUCCGUAGCACCAACAAAAAAGAGAUCUAAAGAUUCUACAGGAAAAUCUAAACGCCAAAAAACUAAAGAAGAUAGAGCUCCACCAACCUCUAGCUUAUCAUCAUUAGGUGGCAUGGAUGAUGUGAUUGCUCAGCUUAUGGAAUUGAUUGGGUUACCAAUUUUACAUCCUGAAAUCUAUUUAUCCACAGGUGUCGAGCCACCUCGGGGUGUUUUAUUACACGGCCCACCAGGUUGCGGUAAGACUUCUAUCGCUAAUGCAUUAGCUGGUGAGCUACAAGUGCCAUUUAUAUCUGUUUCUGCACCAUCUGUUGUUAGUGGUAUGUCUGGUGAAAGUGAAAAAAAAGUUAGAGAGUUAUUUGAAGAAGCUAAAUCGUUAGCACCAUGCCUUAUGUUUUUUGAUGAAAUUGAUGCAAUUACUCCAAAGCGUGAUGGUGGAGCCCAAAGAGAAAUGGAAAGAAGAAUCGUUGCUCAGCUAUUAACUUCCAUGGAUGAAUUAUCUAUGGAAAAGACAGAUGGCAAGCCGGUAAUUGUAAUUGGUGCCACAAACAGGCCCGAUGCCUUAGAUGCUGCUCUAAGAAGAGCAGGUAGAUUUGAUAGAGAAAUUUGCUUAAAUGUACCAAGUGAGGUUUCAAGAUUACAUAUUUUAAAAAAAAUGUCGAAUAAUUUAAGAAUUGAUGGUCAUAUUGAUUUUUCUAAACUGGCUAAAUUAACACCAGGUUUUGUAGGUGCUGACCUAAAGGCUCUAGUUACAGCUGCUGGUACAUGUGCUAUAAAGCGUAUCUUUAGCACAUUUUCUUCAUUAGAUAGAACUGAUUCAAUGAUGGAAGUAGAUGCUGAUGGCAUUGAUAAUCCUCCAAACAGUACUGACGAAGAUGAACCAAAUUUAAAAAACACCGCAAACAUAAUCGACCCUUUACCGUUAUCUAUUAUUCAAAAUUUCAUUCAAAAAUACCCAGAACCAUUAAAUAAUGAUCAAUUACUUUUGCUAUCAAUCAAGUAUGAGGAUUUUUUAAAAGCAUUACCAACUAUUCAACCUACAGCAAAGAGAGAGGGGUUUGCAACCGUUCCCGAUGUUACAUGGGAAAGUAUUGGUGCAUUAGAUAAAAUUCGUGCUGAAUUAAACUUAGCAAUUGUACAACCUGUGAAAAGACCCGAAUUAUACGAAAAGGUGGGUAUUAGUGCUCCUGCGGGUGUACUACUAUGGGGCCCUCCAGGUUGUGGUAAAACAUUGCUAGCAAAAGCUGUUGCAAAUGAAUCGCGUGCCAACUUCAUUUCUAUCAAAGGUCCUGAGUUGCUAAAUAAAUAUGUAGGUGAAUCAGAAAGAGCCAUUAGACAAGUUUUCUCAAGAGCAAGAGCUUCAGUUCCAUGUGUAAUAUUUUUUGAUGAAUUAGAUGCGUUGGUACCAAGAAGAGAUACAUCAUUAUCAGAGUCAUCAUCUAGAGUAGUAAACACCUUAUUAACUGAAUUAGAUGGGCUUAAUGACAGAAGAGGGAUUUUUGUUAUUGGAGCUACAAAUAGGCCAGAUAUGAUUGAUCCUGCUAUGCUAAGACCAGGUAGAUUAGAUAAGACUUUAUUCAUUGAAUUACCAAACUUUGAAGAGAAGUUGGACAUUUUAAAAACAAUUACAAAAGUCAAUGGUACACCAUUAGCUUCAGAUGUUGAUUUAUCUAUUAUUAUUAAUGACGAACGUUGUCGAAAUUAUUCAGGUGCUGAUAUUGCCUCUUUAGUUAGAGAAAGUUCAGUUUUAGCUUUAAAAAGAAGUUUUUUUAAAGUAGAUAAAUUACAGUCAGUUGCAAAUAAUAAUUUGGAUAAAGAGUUUGAAGAUUUAAGUGUUGGUGUACCCAAAGAUGAAAUUAUUGUAACCAUGGAUGAUUUUAAGGGAGCACUAAUGAAAAUUAAGCCCUCUGUUAGUGAUAAAGAUAGAAACAAAUAUGAUAGGUUAAACAAGAAGAUGGGCUGGAAUGAUAAUGUAGAUAUGCAAGGAGAUGAAAAGAAGGAGGAAACAUCAAUAAUAGAUAAUAAGGGAAAUGAAGCUAGCAAAAAUGAUCCUUUUAUUACUAGCUGA